CUUCCCGUCCGGCGGUAGCAACUGCAGAACUGCAGGAGACAAUCUUUCUAGACAAGGCAGUUGAGGAGGGAGCGCUUGGAGGGGUUUGGCCUGGUGUGCACUCCGCACCUCGGGGACGCUAUUGCGCGUGGAUCGGCAGUUUUGGGAAGGCUUUUGCCCAGAAGAAAAGAUGUUUGGUUUUCACAAGCCAAAGAUGUACCGAAGUAUAGAAGGUUGCUGUAUUUGCAGAGCUAAGUCCUCCAGUUCUCGAUUCACUGAUAGUAAACGUUAUGAAAAGGACUUCCAGAGCUGUUUUGGGUUGCAUGAGACUCGUUCAGGAGACAUCUGUAAUGCCUGUGUUCUUCUUGUGAAAAGAUGGAAGAAGUUACCAGCAGGUUCAAAAAAAAACUGGAAUCAUGUGGUAGACGCAAGAGCAGGACCUAGUCUAAAGACUACUUUGAAACCAAAGAAAGUAAAAACUCUAUCUGGAAACAGGAUAAAAAGCAACCAGAUCAGUAAACUGCAGAAGGAAUUUAAACGUCACAAUUCUGAUGCUCACAGUACCACCUCAAGUGCCUCCCCAGCUCAAUCUCCUUGUUAUAGUAACCAGUCAGAUGACGGCUCAGAUACAGAAAUGGCUUCUGGCUCUAAUAGAACACCAGUUUUUUCCUUUUUAGAUCUUACUUACUGGAAAAGACAGAAAAUUUGUUGUGGGAUUAUCUAUAAAGGCCGUUUUGGAGAAGUCCUCAUUGACACACAUCUAUUCAAGCCUUGCUGCAGCAAUAAGAAGACAGCUGCAGAGAAGCCAGAGGAGCAGGGGCCCGAACCUCUGCCCAUCUCCACUCAGGAGUGGUGACUGAGGUUUAUGUAGAAGGGGAACAAAUGAUUUAAAUUUUGAAAAGACCACAAAGCAACAAACUGACCUUACUAUUUUUAACUUGGAUACCUGCUAUUCUGCCAAAAGACAAUUUUCUAGAAUAGUUUUGAAUGGGUUAUUUUUUCCUCCAGUCCCAUAAACUUUGAAGCCAGUGUCUAGCUUACUAAAAGAAAAAAGAAGUGUACAUAAUAUUUAAGAUGCUGAGUAUUUCAUAGGAAAGCUGAAUGCUGCUGUAUAGUGCUCUUUAAGUCUUUUUUUUUUUUAAAUAAUCCCCUUCUAAUGAAUUAAAUUAGGGGAAUUUCAGGGGACACAGAUGGGAUUUGUUGUAUGAUAAACCAUAUGUAGUUUUUAGUCUUUCUAUAUUGAGAAGCAGUGGUUGGGGCAUUUUUUAAAGAUGGCUGGCUACACUUGUUUUCCCUCAUGUUAGUAGACUUGUCAUAACUCAAUAACAUGUCUUGCCCCUAGAGGUAGUUGUUAAUAAUUUUGAUAUAAUUGAGUCUCUCCAACUUUAUGAUGAAUCAAACCUGUACUACUGAUGAUUAAGCAGGACAGACUGAGCUUUUUGGUGCAAAUACCUUGACGGAGGAAGUAAUUUCUAAUUAUAUAGAGAGAAGCUUGACUGUAUGUGUUGCAUCCUGUGUCACCUUCCUUCAUAUUAAUAUUUGUUAAAGAUUUUAAUUUAUGUGAAACUUUUCAAGCAGAAUGAAAUCUCCUCUUGGAGAAGAGGUGAGUAGGUGGGAUAGAUGAGAUCUUAUAUGAAUAGUACCAAAGCAUUACCACACCGUGGAAAACACACUCUUCAAAAUGUUAAACUAUGUGCAAGUCUUCAGGAUGGCACAAAACAAAGGUUAAUGCUUCUUGGGCACGUUGCUUGUCGGGCUUGCCCGAGUGUGUAAAUAAUUGACUUUAUUUGUGUUACAUGACUGGUGACUUCAUUGAAAUCUUCACAAUUCAGUUUUAGCUCUGGAUUACUUCAGUUGACCUUUGUGAAGGUUCUAUCUGCAUAGAGUAGGUGUUUGACUUGUUUUAACCUAUUGGGCUUUUGGUUUUUUUUUUUUUUUCACUAUUUAAAAGUAAAAUUUACUAAGAAGAAAGGUGGGUUCAUGCUAAGGGGGGGUUAGUGUUCGUUUGGCUUCUUUUAUAGUCAGUCUUUCUGAACAUUGAGAUAAUGCUGAAACUGGAGCUUUUAAUUCUAAAAUCCUUAUUAAAAGCCUCUUAUUGAACCCAAACCAAAGUAUUCUUAUUGCUUCUUUUCUAAAAAUUCAGGAAAAAAAUAGCACCAGUUCAAACUUUCCAUACAUGAGGGAGGAAUAUUUGUCUGCCUUGUAAUAACAUAACUCAGUGCUUAUUUUUAAAACUGGAUUAUAAAAAUUGGAUAGCAUCACAGUAAGGAGUGAGCCACUUUUUAUGGGUACCCUAUAGUUUUAUAGUUCUUUAAAACUUAUUUUAUAUUUCUUCCUUUUGAGGAAAUACCUACAUGCUACAAGCCACCAUAUGCACAGACUACACAGUGAGUUGGGUUGGCUCUCCCAUAGCCUUUGAGGUGUAUUACAAGAGUCCAGCCAUUAUCAUUCUCCUGAGUUAUUUUGAAAUGGUUUUUUUUUGUACAUUUUGGCUGCAGUAUUGGUGGUAGAAUAUACUAUAAUAUGGAUCAUCUCUCUCUACUUCUGUAUUUAUUUAUUUAUUACUAGACCUCAACCACAGUCUUCUUUUUCCCCUUCCACCUUUCUUUGCCUGUAGGAUGUACUGUAUGUAGUCAUGCACUUUGUAUUAAUAUAUUAGAAAUCUACAGAACUGUUUUGUACUUUUUAUACUGUUGGAUACUUAUAAUCAAAACUU